UACUUCGCGAAAUUUUUUCCAACUUUUGAUUUGAUUUUGAUUUUUGAUUUUUUGAUUUUUAGAGUAAAGAAUUUAUCGUUGGAAAAUGCGGAAUCUUAUCGAAAUUACAAGAAAUAUAUUUAUUCAAGUCGACAUGAAAAGGCAGUAUUUGAUAAAACACUUGGAAAAAGUUCAGAUAUUGAGGAAAUUGCACGAUUAACUCGAAAUGCGGACGAAUUAGAAUUUUUAAAUGAGGAAAAUUAUGUGGAGUUAGAAGGAUUGCUUCUUGUGAAAGAUUUCUUAAAUAAGGAGGUCGAAGAAUUUCUGAUAAAAAAAAUUGAUCGUAAGGAAUGGACGUUAUCACAAUCAGGCAGAAGAAAGCAGGAUUAUGGUCCUCAAGUUAACUUCAAGCAUAAAAAAAUUAAAGUUGAUCGUUUUUCUGGCAUGCCAGAUUAUAUUGAUAUAAUUCUUAAUAGAAUGAAAGAAGUUUCGCCUAAUCGCCUUGGAGAAUACCAACCAUUCGAACUGUGCAAUUUGGAAUAUGUUGAUGAAAGGCUAUCAGCCAUAGAAAUGCAUUUCGACGAUUCUUGGAUUUGGGGCAAUCGCCUUAUAUGCUUGAACUUAUUAAAUCCCUGUGUUUUGUCGUACGCCAAUGACGAAAGGCAGCUACUUGUCUAUGUUUAUUUGCCAAGGAGAUCAUUGGUUUGCAUGGCUGGCAAAGUACGCCACGAAUGGAGACAUGCUGUAUUUAGUGAACAUAUUCGUGGUAGGCGGAUUGCCUUAACGAUGCGAGAGCCUAGUCCACUGUUCCAAGUUUAUGACUUGAAUGUUUCCAGUGAUAUUGUGAUCUAUACCAAUACAAUGGAACACUAUAAUUUUCAGGAACAUAUUGUCAAUGUAAUACGUCCGCGAUUUGUCCAUCUUUUAGACAAAAUGAAGUCAGAGAAAUCAGCUAAUCUGUUAGAAGCAAUGUUUGUCUUAAUUAAUUCAACAUAUAGAGCAGUUAAUCAGGAAAUUAAAUCAGAUAGAUCUGGACAAGUUGAUGAAAAUAGUCCGUUUGCAGUCUCUUGGCACUUUGUUCCAUAUUCACUUUUUUGCUCAGAAGUCACACUAAAAAUGACUUUUUUGUUGAAUGAAUGCUUUAAAUUCACUUAUUCGAUCUUUGAAUCAAUUUUAAAAGACAAACGUAUUUCGGAAAGUUUGAGGCAUAAAGCUGAUCUUUUGGAUAAAGCUCUAGGCAUUAAUAAUUUGUUAACUGAUUCGCAAGCUUUCAAUGUUAGUUUGAAAAUCGUAAAUAUUUCUCUGAAGCAUGCAUCUUUCUCCAUUAUUUCUGAUUUUACUGAAAGAUUAUGCACUGAUCCUUCAAAAUCAAAUCUUCUUAAAUCGUUAAAAAAAAAGAUAAACUGUAUGCAAAAAUGGGCAAAAAUUAUUGGCUUGGACAAAUAUUUCAAUUCUCUUUUCCCAAGUUUAAAAGUAUUUUUAGAAAAGAAAAUCGUCGAUCAACUUAACGAAAGAGUUUGUUUUUUCCUUUUUUUUCUUACCAUUGCUAUUACGAUUAGAAUACAAUAUUGCCGAUUGCAGGCGUACGAACUGGUGAUUAAAAGUUAUCCUGCAUCAGGAAACAUUAUCGAUGAUAUGCGUUUUUGUAUGGAAAGUAAUGGAGGAUAUGGCAGGGAAAAUUUAGUCGAGAAGCUUUCUAAUGAUGUAAAGACAUAUCUUUUGCAUAUUGGAGUAAGUACAGUUGAUAUAUUACAAGGCUAUGCGAAUGCUGUAGAAUGCUUGCGACGCCUUGAUCCAACUUGUGUGAUUAUGCAGAAAAUUUGUUCAAUUAUUCGCACUUAUAUAAAACAGCGUCCAGAUACUGUGCGUUGCAUAAUCACAUACAUAACUGGUGAAAUGAGAGAAGAGUUAAGUCAACAGUUGACUCGAAAACGAACUGCUUUUAUAGACGAAGAAAAUCUUCAAGGCAUAAAUGACGAACUUAUCGCUAAUGAGGAAGAAUCUGAGGAAGAACAAUGGAUGAACUGGCUUCCCGAUCCGCCGGAUGCGAUUAUAAACCAAAGUCGUCGGUUUAGGCAAAAUGCUGAUGUUUUCAACAUGCUUGUUUCUGUUUAUGGGAGCAAAGAGCUGUUUGUUAAAGAAUACAGGCAUACUCUUGCAGAACGAUUAACUAAAUCCUGGAAUCGUGAUGUAAAACCUAUUUUCGAGAUGCGAUAUCUUGAUUUACUCAAAUUACGGUUCAGUGAAGGUGAAUUGCAACAUUGCGAUGUGAUGUUAAAAGAUAUGCGAGAUUCUGAAAGAAUGGAUUAUAUCGUUUUCAAUAAAUUGGUUCGUUUUAUUAAUUUCUCUAAUUUUUUCUCAUUCUUAAUAUAUUCAAACACAAUAUCGGUAGAUAAUUUCAACAUUUUACUUAUUUUCAGUUUUCAAAUUCAUCAAAAUUCAUCGAAUUUUCCUAUUAGUGCGCGAAUAAUUUCUACUUUUUUCUGGCCAAAAAUCGAUAAUGAGCAAUUCGAGUUACCGAUAGAGAUGAUUUCGGGUUUGGCAUCAUAUGGACGUGCCUAUGAAGCUCAAAAAGGAUCGCGGAAAUUGGAUUGGAUGACUGGCGUUGGCAGCGUUGAAAUGGAGAUUCACUUAGAUGGCCUUAUCACGACCAUAAAUGUAUCGCCAGCUCAUACUGCGGUUCUUGCUCAGUUCACCAAAAAAGAGCAAUGGUCUUUGGAUGAAUUAUCUGUUACUUUGGGUAUGGAGAAAAGAAGCACUAAAAAAAGGUUGGAAUGGUGGCAAAAUAGUGGAAUUAUUGUUUAUUCUGCGAAGCAGAGUAAUGGUGAACGUGAAAAAUGGUGUCUUGCAACUUGGAAUUCCAAAAUGGAUCGUUUACGUGGCGAAAUUGAUGUUGAAUCCGAUGAGUCAGAAGAUGAAAAGCUUGAGGAUUCGGUAGCUGUUGAUGCUUUAGAGCAAUAUUGGACGUACACCAGGAGUUUUAUUGCUAGUCAAGAGCCCAUCAAAGCUGAGCGGUUGCAUUCGAUAUUCAAAAUGCUUGCCAGUCCAGGUCAACAGGGUCCAAGUUUAGAGAUAGUCAUUUCUUUUCUGCAGAGAAAGGUCAAGUUGAACUUGCUAAGUUGCGUUAAUGGUCUUUAUAAAGUUGUAAAAGAUUAA